AUGUCUUCUAAACAAGAUGUCACUUCGGCCCUUUGGCCUAGCACGAAUGAUCAUCCUGGUUCGUCAUCUCAGCCGCCUCCUCAGAAUGAUAAUGGUGGAAGUUCGCAAGAUGUCACUUCGGCCCUUUGGCCUAGCACGAAUAAUCAUCGUGGUUCAUUGUCUCAGCCACCUCCUCAGAAUGAUAAUGGUGGACGUUCGUCGGUUCAGCCAAAUGCUCAGAGUGUUUUCGGAAGAUAG